AUGGAUAGCCCCCCCACCUCCGAUGGAUUCGACAUCAUAUCCUCAAUCCGCAGUGACGCGAUCUUGCUCUACAGCUGGCAAAAUACCUGGGUCAAUGCGGAAAUCAGUGGCACGGCAGCCAGAUCACCGGCUCAGUUCUACAUGCUUAGCUAUCACCUAGACCGCAUGCUGAAUGCAGCUGAGGAGUUUGGCUGGGAUACCUCUCCACUCGAGGGGCCUAAAGCCUUUGCAGAGCUCCUAGAGAAGCUGCAUGACCACCUUGAACGCGAGCAUAACGACCGAAAUCAUGCUGCACCUCUCAAGCUUCGUAUUGCACUUUCCGCCAACGGCAAAUUCACCAUUACAUCCGACGGGCCCCAUCCUGGGCCUGCUACCAUAGAAGGACCUCUUCGCCUAAUUGGGGAUAACCCCAUAUCUCAGCUCUAUCCUGGCUCCUUAUCCUCUGUUGCCGAUCCCAUUCUUGGGGCUGCAUACCUACGCUGGCGCGUCUUUGUCUCGCCCAACAAGGUCACACCAACUAAAUUCACGAUGCAUAAGACCUCAAAUCGCGGGGUAUACGAUGAAGCUCUAGCCCCUGCUCAACCACUGGGCCUCGGACUCAACAAUCAUAAGUUGCAGACAGAGGUUCUCAUCGUCAAUGACAGCGAGGAAGUUAUGGAGGGCUGUAAGUGUACACCGUACUUCCUGCGCGACAACGAGUGGAUCACCCCGAAAGGGAGCUGUGGAGGGAACUUUGGGACCACUAGGCGAUGGGCGGUGGAGAAGGGGCUAUGUAAACUCGGGGUGGUCAUGUUUAACAGCGUCAAGUGUGGUGAGAUAAUUGUGCUGAGCAAUGGCGCGAGAGGAUUUCAGUCUGGAAUUGUGGAACCUUGGAAGUCAUUGUUGGAAGAUGAUACAAAGCAGUAG